AUGACGUUUUCUGAUGAUCGGAAUAAAACGAAAGUAGUAGAAAUCGCGCGAGGAAAAGCGAGAUGUCGGAUGGCGGGCGGCGAUGAGGCAGCGGGCGAGUAUAUAAAGACUCACGUGUGCAUCGCCCGGUCAGUGCGGGGCGGCGAGCACAAGCGAGAGGACGAUGAGUGCUGCGCGCGGCACGAACUGGUCCGAAGCCGCAACGCCUGCGCACACCGCCUCGUCAGCCCCACGACAGGUUUCAGACCCAUACUCGUCUUACUGUACCCCUUUCCCCAACUAACAUGUCCCCUGCGACAGGUCCGUCACGAAGUAGGGUGCGGAAUGAGCGAAGAGGUGGUGGUAAUG